AUGUUUCAAUACAAUGGUGAGCGGAGCCCUCGCUGGCAUCUAAGCACCCCGGCAGAUGCCUUCCCGUCUACCUAUGAAUUUCAAUACGGUCCAUCAGCCUCUCAAACUGAGCAAACCCCAUCUUUUUCACCACAGCCCAUACCCCGUCUGACAGCAUGGGGAUGGCCUAUUAGGUUUCAUAAUCACUUGAAUUGGCCCUGGUCGGAUCCUGGUAGCCUUAGCUUCCAAACAUACCACGACUUCAGCGGCAACGAUGCUGUUCCAAGCUUUCCAGGCGACAAUCUCUGGAACGGACUUCGCGGAUUCCACGACCCCUUCAGGGAAUAUGAUGACUUGGGAGGUCAGACGCGGGAUCUGCCACGCCGUUUCUCGGAGGCAUUCGCAGAUACUGGACGUACGGUUACAGGAACAGUCGAAGAGGUUGAUCAAACCGAAGAAACACAAGACCAUAGGAGCGAUAGGAGCGAUCAAGUCGAAACUUCUUCUGUGUCGACUGUUGAGGAGGACGAAACGUCUAGACACCAUUGCAGAUUAGAAGUGCCUGCUUCCUCUUCCUCUUCCUCGCCUUCUAAGGAUGAGGCGACGCGCAUUAGACACCGAACUGCUGGAACUCCUGCCUCAUAUUCGGAGCCUGCUCCAAAUGACUGUUGUUGCUGUUGUUCUAUGCACCAUGCCACCCGCUGCAAGUCAUGUUCUGAAUGGAGAUUUCCUAGGACAGGCGAAAACGACGCAGAAACUCCAAGACAGAGUGAUGUUGACGCCAUCAGAGACCUUUCCCAAGAACUGAAAGAGGAAGCUACGAACGUCAAGCAUGAAAGGCAGUCGUUUCAGCGUCUUAACCAGGAGUUGAAAACAAUCUUGGAGAAACUGGAGAGCGACUUGCCCCGUCUCGCAGAGCGGUCCUCUCCUUCGAGCCAUCCCAAUAACAAUCGACCACCAUCUUGGAACGACAUCGGCUCUCGUUCAUAUCACAACAUCCGUGCGAACCACAUUAGGUGGUAUUCAUUGGAUGCACUCGAGGAUGUAUUCCGACGUUACGACAUGACAUGGCGUUCUAUCUUGAACUCUCGAGAGAACUUAGGGCGUGCAAUCCAGGACCUAACCUCAGGUUAUCCAAGAUCAAUCCCAUGGCCAAGCCCAGAUCUACGAAUGUCCAGUCUCUCCAAAACCCUGGUGUGGUUCAGCGAUGAUCGCUCAUUCAAGAGGGACAGUCUCUAUCUCCCGCCAGAAAUCGCAGAGAGUAUAUUCCAUCUCCAGCAAUGGAAUGUGUUUUGCUUCUUCGUCUAUGCCUUCAAGUUGGUGCCUUAUUAUGACAAUGACUUCCAGCUGCAUUUUUGCAUCGAUGCCCGGAGAACGCGUACUGGACGUAAUGUUCCUGUUGCGAUACAGGAGCGCAGACUCUUAGCGCUCAGGGAUCAGCUCAUGCAUGAAAAGUGGAAAUGGAAUCCACGUCACCUGAAUUCAGCAGGAUAUCACCAUGUGAGAUUCUACGGAGGAAGAGAUGAUGUGAUCAGUGAUGCUGUCAGGGCGGUUUGGGAGGCUGUUACACGGGGAUUGAAAGCUUGCGACGCAAGUCUGGAUCAGUUGGGACAAAUGCGGAUGUGGAUAUGAUUUUUCUUGGUUUUAUUUUGAUGCUUGAUUUUGUGAGAGUUCUUUUUUUUUGCAUUUGAUUAGAUAGAACAGUUGUGGCUCAAAUCGA